UUAACCCCUAACCCUAACCCUAACCCCUAACCCUAAUCCUAACCCUAACCCAUUUUACACACAUUGUAACCCAUAGUGAGGUAUUGCCGAGCAGUUCGGGGGAUUAGACAAAGCCCCCCACAGCGCCCUGAGAGCAGAGCGCAGUGACAGCAGCAGGGAUGGUAUUAAGCUGCACCGUGAUGGGGUCGGGUCGGGAAUGGGAGCGAUGCUGGGGCUCCAAGGGCUGCCAAGGAGGUGGGGGGUGUCCAAGGACACCUCCUCUGUCCUUGGAGGUGCUGAGGAGCUGUGGAUGUGGCACUGAGAGCCGUGAGCUGUGGGCACGGUGAGCUGGGAUGGAGGUCUGAAGGUCUGAAGGGGCUUUUCCAAGCUGUGAUGCUCUGUGAUGCUCUGUGGGGUCUCAGCGUGGUGCUGAGAGCUGUUGUGGAUCUGAUGGCAGCUCUGCAUGGCGCCCCCUGGCGGUUGGGCGGUGCUGCGGCGGAGCAGCGCACACCAGGGGGGAGGCACAGAAGUUCCUAUAGUUUCAAUAGCAUUUCUAUCAGAGGUUGCUGUUUCUCCCUGGAAUUAUCCCCAUAAAGCACGCUUUAAUGGCUGUAUUAAUCACCUUUGUAUUUCGUUCUUAUCCGGUUCAGGAAAGAGCAGAAGUGAGACAUGGCGUGGAUCAGCAAUGUAACAGAGCAGAUGGGAUCCCUUUUGUUCUCAUUGACUCUAAAGAUCAUAUAGGCUUCCUCCUAUAUACACUGUAGAUGCUUUCUGUUCUAUUUUACUCACAUACAAUGUUUGUUGUCCGCAUCAUUUUUUUCCCUCUGAUUUGUUCCUCGCGAAACAGAAGCAGUACAGCAUCCUAUGGGAAAACACUUCUUCCUUUCAGCUACAAACGACCCCGCAGGGCCCUUUGCAGGUGGUUUUGAGAAGGGACUUUUGACAGCGCUGGACUUAGCAGACCUUGAAUGUGAAGCUGUGUGACACCAGGCUCUAAGAUCAGCACAGGAGCGUAAGUUGGCCAAAGCCAAAAGACAGCCUGCAGCUAUUCCGAGUGGUGGGUGAGACAUAGCAACCCUUGGGAUCAUUGCUUAGCAACUGCAAACACACCAAGGAGUGAACCUCACUGCCCGGAUCCACAGCAGGCCUGAGGAGUCCCUAUUUCACCUUGAGAUCUCUCAUGCUUGAGAACUGACGGGCAUCUAUUUAACUGCUCUUCAUUUGCAAAGCCACUCUGAAAGCAGGAAGAAGAAAGUCUGUUUUGAUACCUGCUCUAAAGUUGUUGGUGUACAGCUGCUCAGCCAGAAGAAAUGGCUGAAGCUGAAGGUCUGAAGCAUCCCGAAGAUGGAGAUAAAUGUAUGACUGGCUCCGAAAUGGAGAGAAACCAGGGGGGUGCUGAGCUGCUGAGUCUCAGUGAUCAUGCUCCAUGGAAAGAGUGCUUUUAUGAGAAGGUGCAGCAGAGAUCCCUGAGUCUGCAGGAGGUGAAGGUGAAGAUGGUUCGUGAACAAAAGGCAAAAGAAGAAAAGGUAGAAAAGAGAGAUCCCAGUGAUGGGCUGUGCCAGGACUGGUUCAGUAAUGUGGAGUCUCUGGAUGCUCGCACCUAUUUGAUUGACAGACUCCUACCAACGUUAAUCCCAGGAGUGGAAACACUGUUAAUGAAAGCAGAAAGGAAGGAGGCACUUGAAGCAGCUGAGGAGCCCACCAGAUUUGACCCCAUUAUUUUUCUUGGAGAAUAUCUGAUGAGACACAACCCUCAGUAUGACCCCUCUACCAAACCAGGCUCCUACCUGAGGGGACUGAAGGCAGCCACAGAGGAGCUAAAAAGAGAGAUCCCAGAUACAACAUCAGGGAGGCUUGCCACAAUGAAGUCUGAGGCAAAAACCAAACGUAAGGAAAGAGAGCAGGCAGAGAAUAUGAAGCGCCAGCAGAAAGAGAUGAGAAAAGCAGCGCUGGAAACUCAGUUCAAAGAAUGGGCAGCAGAUGUCAAUGGCAGAAUACCAGUUGCAUUGAUCCAGAGUGCACUGAGGAUGUUUCUGGAUGUCUGUGCUUCGACUCCCAUAGACGCAAGAAAAGACUAUGAGAGGAAGCUGGAAAACACAGACAAGUGGGGGGAAAAUGUAAAUGCUGAUGAAUUCAUGGAGUAUGUCCAUUCCUGCACGGAGAACUUUCCAGAUGAUGCAUUCCAGGAGGUCCUGAAGCACCUCAGUCAGUGUGCUGCUGACUCCCAAGAAUCCAUCAGGCGUGAUACGUGCAGGAAGAUGUUUGUUGAUCUCUUCCUACACUGUGAUCGUGCACAGGUUGGUGCCUUGGAUAGACCCCAAAUACUUGGCCUUCUGGAGCAGUUCUAUGAGAGAAGCUCUGUGUGCGCCAGGAGGAGAUUCUGCAACCCCAAAGAAUGGCCAAUAGUCGAGCUGCAAGAGAUCAGUCUGGAGGAUCUGUGGGGAGGCUUUGAGGACCAGGAAGGUUAUGAGGAACCUGGAGAGGUCUUAGCAUGGGAACCUGCAGCUGAUACCAGUCAAGGUGCUGAGGAUGCUGCGGCUGCAGAGACCCUCUCAGAUGGAUGGGAUUCUGCUGCUGCAGACAGCCAGCAGCGUGAGGAGCCGCGCUCAGGUGACCUUCACACCUCUGGUCUAAGCUUCAAGCAUGGAAGCCACGGAGAGAGAAUUCCAGAGGAUGGGAACUAUGAGAACAGAUUUCCAGACCUCCAUCCCACCAUAGCAGACAUUCAGAGCCGCCGUGGUCCUCGUGUUGGCAGCGCCUUCGAUGGAAGCUGCCUCGACCAGCAGCGCUUUGUGCAGCUCAUGGAGACGUUCCUCGGGGAAGGCAUCGCUGUGCCUGCUGUGAAGGGGCUCAUUGGGUUCAUCAAGGAAGGAUACAAACAGACUGAAGAGGAAAAAGUGAAACAACUGGAAAAAGCACAUCUGGCCCGACAGGAACUGCUUCUGGAGGCACUCUUUGAAAAGUGGGACAUCAACGCAUCUGGGUUUCUGCAGAUGGAAGAGGUGGAGGCUGCUCUGAGUCCAUUCAAGGAGGGAAUGGAAAAAGAGGCCAUGAUGAAGGCAAAAAAUGAGUUUUGCUCACGUUACCCUCAGAUUGCCAGAGUGGGGAAGCUGUCCCCAAAGGCAUUCCAGGCUUUCCUUGAGAUGGUGGCUUCUGAGCUCACUGGGGAUGACAAUGAAGUUAUUGAUGGCAUCGUGGAAUUUUUGGCCACAAGUGUGGAACGAAGUCAUGUGGAGUGUUUGCAAAGCUCGGCGAGGAGGAGAUGGCUGCACAACAUCCAGCAGGCAGCCGAGACCAGCGGAGCACGCAUGGAGCCGGUGUACGACGCGGUGCUCAAGGCCCUCCUCAAGGAUGCAGAAGCCCACGGGGAUAACAAGAAGAUCAGUGCAUAUAUUGCCCUUUUGGAAGAAAACCAGCUCUCACCAGAGCGGGGACAGACGCUCUUACGCUAUGUGACAUGUACCACAGAUGAUGCUCCGUAUGUUCUAAACCAGAUACUCUACAGAGACAUGAAAGGAGUAAGCUUUGCAGUUGUUGAAGAGGAAAAGCCAAUCCAUGUCCCAAGAGUUCAGCUCCAUGGCAAUGUCCACUUCUGGAACCAGGACCGUCCAGCUGAGCAAAGGAGUGGCUCGUUCCUGGUACUGCCAUUGCAGGAUGCUGAAUGGAGAGUCUUUGGCACUCUGGGACUUGAUACUCUUCGGGAUGAGAGUGAGAAAACCAUCUUCCUGACCCAUGAGAUCAGCUUCUACCAGGGAGUUUCUCAUGCAUUCAGCAAAGCCUACCACCAUGUGUAUGCACUAGGAAGUGUUCUGCAAAUGGCCCUCACUGCUCUGGACUGGCUGCAUCACAGAGUGUCCAGCAUCCGCACUGUCAGUAUGUACCUGGUGGAGCCUGGCAAUGAUCAGACACAUGGCUGUGCUCUGCGCAGAAUGAUUACUACAGACAGCACAGGACGGAAGGAAAUCCAUGCCUCUCCUGUCCUCCUCCUCAGAAAAGAGAACAUUUUCAGAGAUUACCUGUUUAAGUGCACAGACUGUUCAGGGGUCGUUUGCCGUUCUGUCUGUGGAGAACAGCACAUGGCAGUGCCUCUCCGGGACCUGUCAGGACGAGCUCUGGGGUUAUUUGAUAUCAGCAUUGGGCACCAACAGCCAUUACCUCCCCACAAACAGAAGGACCUGCAGAGAAUGCUGAAGAUGGCGCAAGCUGCCUGCUCAGAGAUACUGAAGAUGCCUUCAGAGGAAAGCAAAGCAAGCCGUGUGCUGGAGGCAGAACACAGGGAUGUGAGGCAUGCAGGGAUUCUCUUCCACCGGUUCAUGCUGCAGGACCUGCGUGAGCGUAUCCAGAAACUGAAUGCUGAGAACUUUGCUGAAAUCAAGAGCUAUGGUGACCCACCAGCUCUGGUACAUAACGUAAUGAAGGCUGUGCUGUUGCUCUUACAUCCAGAGUGGAGGAAUCAAUGCGUUAUGCAACUUGACGACAGUUUAAUUCAGGAGAUGUAUUGCUUUGAUCCAACUGCUGCAUCUGUGCACGUUCAAGCAGAGCUGCUGUGGGAUUAUAUCAAUGGGGCAGCUGAAGCAGCAGCGUGGCCACAGGGCUCCAUCACAGCCCGGAUCCUGGAGCAUUGGGUGCACAGCUGCCUGUGCCUGGCCCAGCUGGCAGAGCAGCUGCUCACCUCACCCCCUUGAUUUUAUAUAUAUAACAUAUAUAUCCUGAUAUUGGAUAUCUGCUCCAUUAAUUAAACGAACCCUUGGCUUCUUCUAGUUACACAUCGUGGCUCAGCGCUCAUCAACACGGUCCCAUAGGAGCCAUUAAGAACAAGCAAUAAAAACGUUCAAGGAUA